ACCUGGACUGGUGCUGUGGGAUGUGGAGUUACCUGACAUUUCUUCCUGAAGUAGCAGACUGUUUGGACAUUCCCAGUUUACUCAACCACAUGUCCCACAAGGACUGUGCAGUCAGAUGGUAUGCUGCUGCUGCUGUCAGUAAGCAUGUUGGCUUGUCGGAAGCAGAGACAGAUGCGCUGUUCCGGAACAUUUUCAAGGAGGAGGAACUUCGGACUGUUGUUGUCAGAAUUGACAAGGACUUGCUGAAGCUAAGAUCUCGCCACAGAACAAACUGCAGCUCGCUGACUGUAGGCACCCUCAAGACCUCCCAGGCCCACACGCUACAGGCUGUGACAGCACCGGACCUCAGUGCUGGGGUCGUCUGUGUCAUGGGCAUUUUGCUGCCCAAGCUGGACACAGGACAGAGGACCAGUGAUGAGGCUCUGUGCGACCUGGUUCCCGUUGCUUCGACCCAGCACCACCUGCGGAGCCUGGCCCUGGCCGUGUCUGCUGGCUCCCCGGUGCUGCUGCAGGGCCCCGUCGGGUGUGGGAAGACGUCGCUCGUGGAACACCUGGCCGGGCUCACGGGGCGCCGAGGCGUGCCGCACUUGAUCAAGAUACAGCUCGGGGAUCAGACUGACAGCAAGGCUUUACUUGGAACGUACUGCAGCACGGAGACUCCUGGAGAGUUUGUUUGGCGUCCCGGGGCCUUGACCCACGCUGUGACCUCAGGCAGCUGGGUGCUUCUGGAGGACGUGGACACAGCUCCCAUGGACGUGAUCUCGCUCCUGGUGGCGCUGGCAGAGACGGGUGCUCUCCCCUUGCCAGGCCACGGGGACGAAGUGCGUGCAGUCCCGGGCUUUCAGCUCUUUGUUACUCAGAGGUUGCUGAGCUCUUCUGAGGGACUUCAUCGGCAGCUGGGCAGCAAGUCGGCCUUACUGGAGAAGUUGUGUAGUGUGGUCAACGUGGAGCCUUUGUGCCGGACUGAGCUAGAGCAGGUGGUCACUUCCAAGUUCUCGGCCCUGAGCCCCAUCGUUGACCGCCUGCUGGACAUCUAUUUCAUGCUCUCGUCUGGCCAGCAUGACUCGGAGGAUGGGAACAGUGCAGGGUCUGUCGACAGGAAGCUCUUGUCACACGGGGGAAGGCUCAUUUCUACAAGUUGCCUUUGUAUGAUAAUUAAUUUUUGUAUUGUUUUUAGUUUUAAAUGGAAAAUUUCAAGAAAUGCAUCUGAAGUGAUUUCUUUUUUUGUCUUUUAUGUACUUCGUAGAACAUGUCAGCGUUAUCAUUUCAGAGAUUUGAUGAACUGGUGCCGACGGUCAAGCGUAGACUUUGACCACAGAGAGUCGUCCCAGGGUCUGAAGGUGUUCCUGGAGGCUCUCGACUGUUUUGUGACCAGUCUUCCAAAAUCUUCCACAAGACUCGCGGUUGCCACAGCCAUUGGGACAAAACUUAAUGUCACGGAGGAGAGGGCCAAAUAUUUUUGUUCUCAACACAAACCAAGUAUAAGAGAGACACAGACGAGGCUGGAAAUCGGCAGGUCUAAACUGAAGAUUGAGACUCAGCACAAGGAUAUUACCACUAGCCAAGCACCUGUGUUUUCCUACACUCGAGCGGCCCUGGGCUUGCUGGAGAAAGUGGCGGUUUGUGUGCAGAAGAAAGAACCCAUCUUGCUGACGGGAGAAACAGGCACCGGGAAGACGUCCACUGUCCAGUUCCUGGCUCACCAUUUGGGCCAUCGACUACACGUCAUCAACUUGAACCAACAAUCAGACAGCACAGAUUUUCUUGGAGGACUUUGUUCGCUAAGAAGCAGUGGUCCAAUCUUCUGACAUUGAUAGAAACUCCCGUUAAGAAGGCGCUGAACAAGUUGGAUGCUGCAACUGCGGAGUAUGCUCAGUGGUCUGCAGUGUUGAAGCGAAUUCAUGUCCUACGCGUCCAGAUCAAGGAGGCUAACAGCGCUCUUGCAUUUUCCUUUUUGGAGGGGACACUGGUCAAGGCAUUGCGUCAGGGUCACUGGGUGCUGCUGGACGAGAUCAACCUGGCCUCGGCCGAGACAUUGGACAGCCUAGCAGGUCUCCUGGAGAGUCCCACGGGCUCCGUCGUGCUCACAGAGAGGGGGGACAUUGACCCCGUAAAACGCCAUCCAGACUUCCGCCUGUUUGCCUGCAUGAACCCGGCCACUGACGUGGGAAAGAAAGAUUUGCCUGCCGGCAUCAGGAACAGGUUCACAGAGUUCUUUGUGGAAGAGCUUGAGAACUCAGAGGAUCUGUCCACGCUGGUGCGGGACUACCUCCAGGGCCUGUCUUUGUCCCCCAAGCAGGUCACGGGCAUCGUCAAGUUCUACUUGACCAUCCGGGGCGAGGUCGCUGACAAACUGACUGACGGCACUGGUCACAAGCCUCAUUACAGUCUUCGUACGCUGUGCCGGGCCCUCAGAUACAGUGCCAGAAAUCCUUGCAGAAGUGUACCCCGCUCCCUGUAUGAGGGUUUCUGCCUGAGUUUCCUGAGCCAGCUGGACCGGUCAUCUCACCCGGUAGUGGACAAUCUGAUCUGUCGCCACGUCCUGGGCAGUGCCACCAGCACCGCUACCAAGGCCAUCCUCAGCCAGAAACUGCCGCGGCCCGACGAGGGCGUCCGGGAGGGGGGCGGAGCCUCGUACGUGUCGGUGGCCGACUACUGGAUCUCUCGCGGCCGUCUCAAGCCCAGCACACCCCAGGACUACAUCCUCACGCCAUCGGUCAAGCUCAACCUGAAGGAUCUGGCACGAGUUGUUUCUGCUGGGCGCCAACCAGUUUUGCUCCAGGGUGAGACGUCAGUGGGCAAGACCUCGCUGGUCGUGUACCUGUCUCGUCUGAGCGGCAACGUGUGUGUCAGGGUGAACAACCACGAACACACUGACCUGCAGGAGUACAUCGGCUCUUAUGUCGCAGACGAACACGGAAAACUCGUCUUCAAGGAAGGUGUCCUAGUGGAGGCCAUGAGGAAAGGACACUGGAUCAUCCUGGACGAACUCAACCUUGCGCCAACUGAUGUGCUGGAGGCUCUCAAUAGGCUGCUUGACCAUAACCAAGAGUUGUUCAUCCCAGAGACUCAGGAAGUUGUCCAGGCUCACCCAAAAUUCCAGCUUUUUGCCACGCAGAACCCGCCUGGAUUGUACGGAGGUCGGAAGGUUCUAUCAAGAGCUUUCCGUAACAGAUUUAUCGAGCUUCACUUUGAUGAGAUUCCCCCGAAAGAGCUGGAGACGAUUCUGCACGAACGUUGCGGCAUCCCGCUCUCCUUUGCUCGCAAGCUGGUGGCUGUCAUGUUGGAACUUCAGACUCGGCGACGUGGAUCAAGCAUUUUCUCUGGCAAGCAAGGCUUCAUGACGCUGCGUGAUCUGUUCCGCUGGGCCCAGCGCUACAACUGCCCCGAGGCGGGCAAGGGACAGAAGUUUUACGACUGGGACCAACAUCUGGCUGAUCAUGGUUACAUGCUGGUUGCUGGCCGCGUCCGCAAAUCGGAGGAGGAGCAGAUUGUUCUGGAAGUGCUGGAGAAACACUUGAAGCGCAAGGUGUCACCGGGCUCGUUGUUCUCCGUUACCAAAGCAACACCAGAGCCGUUUGCCGCCACUCUGGAGUCCGUGAUGGGUCAGUCUGUGGACGGCUUCCAGCACAUGGUGUGGACGUACAGCAUGCGGAGACUGGCGCUGCUCAUUGGUCAAGCCAUCCGAUUUCAGGAGCCUGUUCUACUCGUGGGGUCCACUGGGAUCGGUAAGACUACAGUGUGUCAGCUGUACGCUGCACUACGGGGCCAGGCUCUACACAGCGUUAACUGUCACAUGCACACGGAGAGCGGAGAUUUCCUGGGAGGCCUCAGGCCUGUGCGCUCCUCCUCAGAUGACGCGGACCUGAAAGAACAGAAGCUGUUUGAGUGGAAGGACGGCCCCCUGGUGACGGCCAUGAAGGACGGGGCCAUGUUCCUGAUAGACGAGAUCUCCCUGGCCGACGACUCGGUGCUGGAGAGACUCAACAGUGUCCUGGAGCCGGAGCGAACGCUGGUGCUGGCGGAGAGGGGCGGGCUGGGAGAGAGCAACGAGGCUCUGUCUGAGGUGGAGAGUGUCACGGCCGCUGAGUCUUUCAGAUUGUUCGCGACCAUGAACCCUGGAGGAGACUUUGGCAAGAAAGAGCUGUCCCCUGCCUUGAGGAAUCGCUUCACAGAGAUCUGGUGCCCUCCGUCUCUAGAGAGGCAGGACUUGAUUGCUAUUGUGGAGAAGAACAUCCGCGCAGGUCUCCAGCUUCACACUGCCGCACAUGACGGAUCCAGUGGCUUCGGUGCUGCCAUGAUUGACUUUGUGAACUGGUUCACGGCUACGGAUUUUGGAUCCAAGGCCACAGUGAGUAUCAGAGACUUGUUGAGCUGGGUGCACUUUGUCAACUGCUGCUGCGGCCGUGCCGGCGAUGAGGGGGAGGCGGAGGAAGCCAUGGAGACCGACAGUAGUGGCCUUACCACACUGUGUCAGCUGAACCCUCAACAGUCGUAUGUCCACGGAGCUUGCUUAGUCUUCGUGGAUAGUUUGGGAGCAGGUUCGACCCAGUCAUGGAAUGAGGCAGUCGCCCAAACAUCCCGUCAAAGAUGCCUGGACUUCCUGCUAUCCCAGCUGUCCUCUCUGUGUGGCUCGGCACUGCGCCCCGAGGACUGCGGUCUACUGACCCCCCGGAGCAGCUUGCAAGUAGUCAUCUCCGAGAGCAGCUUGAGCAUACCCCCUUUCAGUAUUGCCAGAGGUCCGUCCCGAGGAAUGGACGAUGUCCAGUUUUCCCUGGAGGCUCCGACCACCUGUGUGAACGGUCAGCGGUUGCUGAGAGGGCUACAGCUGGCUCGGCCCAUACUCUUGGAGGGCUCGCCCGGUGUGGGGAAGACCAGCCUGGUGGCAGCUGUCGCUAGACUAGCUCGGAAAACGCUGAUCAGAGUCAACUUGUCAGAGCAGACGGAUGUGAGUGAUCUAUUCGGAGCUGACCUUCCUGUGGAAGGAGAAGAGGGCGGUCGCUUUGCCUGGAGAGAUGGACCUUUCCUGCAAGCUCUGAAGGCUGGUCAUUGGGUUGUCUUCGAUGAGCUCAACCUGGCCUCCCAGUCAGUCCUGGAAGGUCUGAAUGCCUGCUUUGACCACAGGUCAGAAGUCUACAUUCCUGAGCUGGGCAAAACCUUCCACAUCAACCAGGAAGACACACGCAUCUUUGCCUGCCAGAACCCUCUGGCCCAGGGGGGAGGCAGGAAGGGACUUCCUCAGUCCUUCCUCAACAGGUUCACUAAGGUUUAUGUGGACCCUCUCACCAGGACUGACCUGAUCUUUAUUGCUAGCCGGAUGUACCCGGGUCUCCCAGAGGACAUGCUCACGGAUAUGGUGGACUUCAAUACAAAGAUGUACUCAGAGACCAUGGUGAAGAAGCAGUGGGGAGGACGAGGUUCUCCGUGGGAAUUCAACCUCAGAGAUCUGUUCCGUUGGUGCGAGCUCAUGCAGGCAGACCAGAAUGUGUGUCCCGGUGAAUAUGUAGGUCUGAUCUACAAAGACAGGAUGAGGACAAGCCAGGACAAGCUCAAAGUGGACCAACUGUACACUGCCUCCCUGGGGAGCUCAUACCCUCUGUGCCAGCCGUCCAGAGUGCUGCACGUCGGGUCUUCCACGGUCCAGGCCGGUCAUUCCUUCCUGCCUCGUCAAGGCGUGCACAAGUCUCACUCGGUUUCUUUGCUGACUUUACACCACUGCCUGGAGCCUCUGGAGUCUCUGAUGAAGUGUGUGCAGAUGAGCUGGCUGGCUAUACUGGUGGGUCCCCAGUCCUGUGGCAAGACAAGCCUGGUGCGUCUCCUGGCCCAGCUGUGUGGACAGACCCUUAGCGUCCUGCCUAUGAACAGUUCCAUGGACACAACAGAGCUACUGGGCGGAUUUGAACAAGUCAGUUGUUGGUUGUUAUUUUUGUCAUGACGCGGUGGAAUCAGGCACUUGUCAAUUUUUUGGUAUAUGGAGUU